AUGAAGACAUCCCUUCUCUUCGGCUUCAUACUGGUCUAUGCUUUCUCGGUCACCGUCGAGGCAACAAAAGGAGGUCUCAGUAAGGAUGAGCAGAAGAAACUUCUGGAUGCACUGAACAAGGAUCGUGUGCGAGCCCAAACGGCUUCCUCGGGUAUUGUGUUCCAACAUUUGACCUACGACUUGGAACUCGAGAAAAAGGCUGCAGCUUACGACUGUAAACCGGGGGGCUCUUCUUCUUCAGGCGUUGCAUUGUCUGCAUUGCAGUGGAAUAGUGUCGGAGACGAAAUAUAUGAAGAGGUCUACAAAGGAACAAAGGAACCCAGUCUUGGUUUAUUCGAUUGGAGACAAACUAAAAUUGGAUGCUCCAAAGAAGUCACAUGUAGAAUAAAAAUUAAAGAAGGAGAUGGUUUACCUGCCAAGUUUGUGGGGAAAGAAAUCGUUAUUGUUGGAGGAUGCAUACUCGGACCGCUUACCACUGAUGUGUCAGAGGAGGACAAACGGGUGGCUUCCGAAUUGGGGUUACCGAAAGCUUCGAAAUAUGGAGAUUUGCUUGGAAUCAAGAUGUCUUCAUCUGGCCGGGUCUUCAAUUUGAUUGUGUUCCUUGCUUUAUCGGUUUUUUAUUUUUGA